AUGUUAGUGUUCGAAUUUAGCCGUAACGCGUCUCAAGUUGACCUUCUCAUUAUGGCGGCUCACUGUUGUCUGAAGUCACUUCCUCUAAAAGACUCGAAAUAACUGUGCUUAAACUACGUUCUGGCUAGCAAAAGGAGCUUAAUUUAUUCGUCUGGGGAAGGAUAAGGAUGGCGGACCAGGAGGCUGAUGGUAAUCUUCAGGAUAUCCGAGAAGAGUUGGAUGUGUCUGAGGAGGAGGAUGAAGAAGAAGAAGAAGAAGAGGAGGAGGAGGAAGAGGAGGAGAGUGAUGAUGAGAGGGGUUUUGAGUGGCGUGAUCAGGGAGCUCUGGACUGGUCUGAGGAUGAUGGGACUGACUUUGAGUCCAUCUCAGACACUCCAGCAGAACGCAGUGGUCACAUCGCAGUGGUCGACAGAAACUGCAUGUAUGUCUGGGGAGGCUAUAAGAAUGCUGAAGCACCCGGAUUCGUCGACUUGUACUUACCAAGGCAUGAAAUCUGGAUUUACAACAUGGAAACUGGAAGAUGGAGAAGGAAGCUGUCACGAGGAGAUCUCCCUAACCCAAUGUCGGGCAGCUGCGGUGUGUGUGUGGAAGGCGUUCUGUACCUCUUUGGAGGCCAUCAUGCGAGAGGAAAUACUAAUUUGGUUUAUCGUCUACCUCUGAGGGUCUCCCACUUCCACUGGAUGAGGAUGAACGACCUUAAGGGUUUGGCCCCCACAUGUAAAGACAAACUAGGCUGUUGGGUGUACAUGAACAGGCUGGUGUAUUUUGGGGGCUAUGGCUAUGAGGCAGAAGCAGGCCAUCGAGGAACGUUUGAAUUAGAUGAAAAUUCACUUAUGGGUAAUCACCGAGGACGGGGCUGGAACAACCAUAUUCACAUUCUUAACUUUGAAACAUCAACCUGGAGUCAACCCAUUACAAAGGGAAAUGCUCCGACACCACGCGCAGCCCAUGCUUGUGCCACUAUGGGAAACCGAGGUUACGUUUUUGGAGGCCGAUAUAUGGAUCACCGGCUAAAUGACCUGUAUUAUAUUAACAUGGACACCUGGCAAUGGACUGAAAUGUCAGUACCUCAGCACGGUCCAGUUGGCCGCUCAUGGCACUCAUUCAUACCCAUGUCAUCAGAUCGUAUCUUCCUGUUCGGUGGCUUCACUACUAAUCGAGAAACACUAAGUGAUGCCUGGCUGUACUGCGUGACCACAAACGAGUGGAAGCAGUUUAAACACAACCACAAACACAGUCCAAGACUUUGGCACACAGCAUGCUCAGGUCUAGAUGGAGAAGUGUUUGUAUUUGGAGGCUGCGCUAAUAAUCUUCUCUCACAAGAGCAAGCAUCCCACAGCAACGAGCUACUAGUUUUCAGAGUUCAGCCAAAGUCCCUGCUAAGGUGCUGUACAGAGGUGGUCGUGCAGCACAGACACCGGCUUGAGAGCAUGUUUGACUGCUUGCCCAAACAUCUCCUCCACAGCCUCCAACAGCGAUUCAGUUCAACUACUACUGGAGGAUCCUAGAAUCCUAUACAUGCACAGUUCAGUAAACUAAGAGCAAUAGUAGGAAUCUGUGGCACAGCUCCAGUGCUUCACUGCAAAGAGACUUGUUUUGAGAAGAAUGCUGAGACAGAGAUGCUGUGUGGUGGCUAAAGGCCCUUUCUAUUCCAAAAUCAAAGCUAAUAUGGUAGUUGUUUGGUAAAACCUGUACAUUCUAAAUAAAAAUAUAUAUGGUUUAGUGAUACUGGCAUAUAGAGAGCUGUGAUGGCAGCCCAGAAGUAUCUGUUUCCUCUGUGCGUGCGUUUUUUAAAACUAUCCUCUCUCUUUCCAAUAAAAAAAAAAGGAAUCAAAA